GCAUUGCAUCUGCACACUCGGUGGCGCGCGCUUGUCUUCUUGAGACUUCUUCAAUCCAAAACGGGCGUGUUUCGCGAUCUCAUCCACUUGUUUAAUAGCAGUUACUGCUUUUUUUUUACGGUGUUUACUGUUUCUGUUCGUUGGGAGCGUGCGAAGUGCGCGCAUGCGUAGUAGCUGAUAAUUAACCAAUUUGAAAAUUGCGGUUCUUCUGCUUUUUUCGCAAUUCAAAUUGACCGCAUAAUUGCUCAAGGAAUUCGAUUUUUUUUUACUGUUUAUAAUAAAAGUGUUAUUGAAAAAGAGAAGAAGCUCAACACGAGAUUUUUAAGAAUGCUAAAAUUGGGAUAAUAAGAGGAUGUUAAAUUCGUUCUAAAAGACAAGAUUCUCGAACUUGGACUGGGAGUAGGCCAAUUAAGAGUUAGCCACGCGGCCGCACGAACAGGUGUCGUCGCUGCAACAGCAACAGCAACAGCAGCAACAUCCAAAGACAGCAGCAACAAGUGGCAUCAUUAUCAUUUGCGGUUUUGAUCAUCGGCGGGGCGGUUUGCCGUUGCCACUGGUAGAAAACGGGAAAUCGGAAACAUGUUCUCCUCCAGCGCCUCGGCCGCGUCCACAUCCUACAAUCUCGGCCAGCUGCUGCCUUUGGCCAUCGCCAUCGGAGUGUUGCAUCUGCCGCAGUUUCUGUGUCAUGCUGCCUGGGCAACCAGAACGCCGGAAAAUUUCAUUAACGAUACGACCACCAGCACCACCACCGCCACUAAGACCAUGCAAAUCCAGGCGAUGCAGGUGAACUGCAGCCGGGAGCUGCUCGAGAUGCAUCUGGAGUUGAGCCGUCCCUUUCGGGGAUUACUCUACGCAAAGGACUUUCCGCUGGAGUGCCGCGCACGUGGCAAGGACUCGACGCGUCUGCAUCUGCGCAUCCCAACAUCCGGAUGCGGAGUGAGGGCGGAGCCACUCGAGGACGGCAGUCUGGAGUACACGGUGCGUGUGAUGCUGCAAAAGGAGCAGAAGCUGCGCCAGAGCACCGACAUCCUUAGCUCGGUGAGGUGCCAACUGCCGGCCAAUGCGAUGGGCAUGCCACUGCCGGUGUUGCGACAGGAAAAGGGUCACGAUAGAAAUGCCAGGAUGCGAGCUUUGGCAGCUGCUGCAGCUCCAGCUCUUGGCGCCACUUCACCCAUCAACCAGCAGCAGCGGGACACGCCACGCGUGAGGAUCUGGCUGGAGUUGGGCGGUCCCAAUGGCACCGGAUCCGUGGAGGUGGGCGUGGCCACCACGCUGACGGUGAGAGCCAUCGUGCCCGGAAACAUCGGAGUGCGGGUGGUGGACUGUGCGGCACUCGAUGGACUGGGCGAAUCCACGCAGCAAUUACUCGAUGCCCGCGGCUGUCCCAUCGACGAGCAGGUAAUGCCCGCCCUGCACACCCAGCACCGACCGGCGGAGGAGGGAUGGUCCAAGCAGCACGAGGAAGACCUGGUCGAGCGGACGUUCGCGGCCACGUUUCCCGCCUUCAAGUUCCCGGACCGCGAGCGCCUACACGUCAGCUGUGGCGUGCAGCUCUGCAAGGGGAAGUGUCCGACUCUAAAUUGUCGCCUGAAGACGCCUUCGCCGGCACUGAGCGCCGAGCAGCACCUGGCACGCAUCGAGGUGUUCAAUUCGCUGGCCGUGACAGCUCCUCAAAUCGAGGUGGACCGCCUGCGCUACGACAGGCGCCACAACAUGAGCGGCGAGGAUUAUGCGCCGCAUGUGAGGGGCCAAGUGAUGCCCGGCGAGGGAACGCUCUGUCUGUCCAUCUCCAAGCUGGCCAUCUCGUUCUGCGUUCUGGGCCUGAUCUUCCUGGUGGCCGUGGUGGUGGCCAUCUUCUCGCUGAUACGCUCGCGUCGCCGGGAGCGUCGUCAUGGAGCUGGCUUGAGUCUGGGUCUGGGAGUGGGACUGGGCAUCGCCGGGACGAGCACGUCGAACAGCAGCAGUCGCUUGCACCGGGAUCGGGCCGAGAUCUGCACCUCGAUGUUCUCAUCCAGCAGCGAAUCGGCGCAAUCGCAGCCGCGUUUCGGGGCCAAGUUCCUGAUGCCCUACUAUCCGAAUACCCUGCCCUACGGCCGUGUCUACUAAUUGAUUGCGUGGCGGAGUUAUUUAGUGGAGGCGCCUCCCAGAGACUGACGGAAUCGUCUAACGAGUGGUACACCAAAAUAAGGUCUAACUUUAGCAAUAUUAUGCGUAGUUCUGUAACUUUUCGGUUGGUCGAAAGGAUCUUGAAAGCGUUUUGCAAGCGGUUUGGGGCCAAAAUGCGUUUUGAUGUUCUUUCGCUGUAGCUGUAUGUAAUAUCUACAUAGAUCUAAGAAUAAAAACCUAACAUAAUUGCAUCCAAA